AUGGGAAGACACUCUUGCUGCUACAAGCAGAAGCUUAGGAAAGGUCUAUGGUCACCUGAAGAAGAUGAAAAACUCUUGAAUCAUAUUACUAACUAUGGUCAUGGAUGUUGGAGUUCAGUUCCUAAGCAAGCAGGUCUUCAAAGAUGUGGUAAAAGUUGUAGGCUUAGAUGGAUUAACUACUUAAGACCUGAUUUAAAAAGAGGUACAUUUUCACAAGAUGAAGAAAAUCUCAUCAUUGAACUUCAUUCAGUACUAGGAAAUAGAUGGUCUCAAAUUGCAGCACAGUUACCGGGAAGGACCGAUAAUGAGAUAAAGAAUCUAUGGAACUCUUACUUAAAGAAGAAACUGAGGCAAAGAGGUAUAGAUCCUGUGACUCAUAAGCCUUUUUCUGAGGUUGAGAAUGGAGAAGAAGAGGAUGAAAAAGCCAGAAGCCAAGAGAAGGUAACAGAAAUAUCAGAAAGUACUUCUAAGUCAGAUGCAGGUUCUUAUGAGCAAAAACAAUCUUCAAUUGUUGUAAAAGCCUAUGAACCUGAAAUGGAAGUUGAAGGUUCUUGUUCAAAUUCCAACAACUAUUUGAUGGGAAAUUAUCCUAUUCAGAUGAGUUUCACAUCCAAUGAUAAUCUUCCAAACAAUAUUUCAAACUCUUCUGCUCAUUGGUUCAACCAAACAGGAUUAAAACCUUUUGAUAUGAAUUCAGAAUUUACCUCAUUUCUACCUAGUUCUUUUUGCUACAAACCAUCACUUGUUGAUGUUCCGUCAGAAGAUGUUUCGAUUUCUUCGGAUUCUUUUCAUAUGAAGAAUAGUAUGCUAUCUCCUUGGGGGUUGACAGAUUGUGAGACAUCUAUUAAAGAGAAUCAAACAGAAGAAGAAGAAGAUAAGUGGAAUGAGUAUCUUCAAAAUCCUAUGUUAAUGCUACAAAAUCAAGCAUUUGAAGGUUUAUGCAAUCAGAGAAAGCCUGCUACAAAUUUGAGCCAUGAUGAUGGUUUAGAGACUACAUUGCCUCAUUCAAAACAACAAGAAUCUUCUUCAUAUUUGUGA